AGUUUGAGAGGCCCAAGACUCAUGCAUGGUAGUGAUUGGAACCCAAGUGGUGGCAUUUUACAUAUUGUGCCUAAUGAGUUGAACCAAGUGGUUGACGGGUAUACACCCUUGGCUUCUCGUUUGGGUGUUUUAGCUCGAGAUGGGAACCUUAUGCCCCUCACUUAUAGAACUUGGAGCCAUGUACCGAAGGAAAACAAAGAGAGAAUUUGGAGAGAAGUAAAGAUCAAUACAGAUGCCGACGAGUCAAUGAAGAAAUUUGUUUUGGCAUCUGUUGGAAAAAAAUGGAGAGAGUGGAAGGCUAGAGUUAAACAAUUGGGGUAUACGCCAUUCGACAACGAUGCUGAUAGGUUAACUCAUCGGCCCGAAAGAGUACAUGAGCAUCAAUGGCGAAGCUUAGUCUAUUAUUGGGGCACUCGGAAGGCACAGAAAAAAAGUAUAAAAAACAAAGAAAUUCGGAAGAAGAAGACAUUAAAUCACAUAACUGGAAGAAAACCAUUCUCAGUUGUUCGAGUAGAGGAAACUAAUAAGAAGAAUGGAGUUCCUGCAACUCGCUUAGAGGUGUGGAUGGCUGGGUACACGAAGGAUAACAAACCAAGUAAUGAUAAAGUUGUUGCGGUCAUGACACAAAUGAAGGACCUUGGGGCGCAAUCCAAUGCUACAGAUGAAGAAAUUAUCACACAGGUUCUAGGGCCUGAGCGACCUGGUCGUGUUCGAACAUAUGGAUUGGGUCCUUCCCCGACAGAUGUCUUUGGAGGCGGAUAUAGGCAAUCGCAAGAACAAACUCGUAUCAUCCAAACGCAAGUCCAAGAGCAACUUAACCAAUAUAAAACACAAAUGGAGAUACAAAUAAAGGAGAUGAUGGAUGCUAUGCUUAAUCAACAGAAAGUACAAAUGGAGAUGCAAAGCACAAUCCAAGCUCAACAAGCCCGAAUAGAGCAAUUGGAGUCUCAACAGGCCAUGGGUGGGCCUGUUGCACCAGCUGCUACACAUGUGCAUUCACAACAACAAUCCCAUGCAUACACCUCAUCAUUUAAUUGUCAUCGUUCGUCCGAGGAAGUUCACAUAUCAAAGAAAGAAAAGAAGAAGAAGAAGAAGAAGUAGAUAUGACAAACUCAGGUUCAUUCUAAACCAUUAUAGUUGGAUUUGCUUCCUCAAAAAGGAGUUUAACUAUAUUUCAUCAAAAAGGAU